AUGCAGGCGCUGGUGGCUCAAGAGCCCGUCUUGUUCAACACCUCCGUGCGCCAAAACCUGCUCUAUGGUCUCCCCCAGUGCCGCAUUGACUCUGACCCAAAGGAUUUCGAGGAGCAGAUGAUUGCGGCUGCAAAGGCUGCCUGUGCACAUGAUUUCAUUCUGGGUUUCCCAGGGGGCUACGACACCAACGUUGGGGACCGUGGAGGUCAAGUGUCUGGAGGCCAGAAGCAGCGGCUCUCCGUGGCCCGGGCCAUCCUCAUGCAGCCAAGGAUUCUUGUUUUGGAUGAAGCCACAAGUGCUCUAGAUGCGGAAAGCGAAGCCAUUGUACAGGAGGCCCUCGACCGUCUCGUAGCCUCAAGCGGAAGCAGCGUCAUGGUCAUUGCGCACAGACUCUCCACCGUGCGACAAGCAGAUGAGAUCAUAUGCCUACGGGAGGGUCAUGUCGUCGAACGCGGUAGUUCCAAAGAACUUAUGGAGCAACGCGGGUACUUCUUUACUUUGGUUGAGAAGCAGGCAGUGACUCUGGAUGACAUUGGUGGAGCCAACGCUGAAAUCGAUCGGUCCCUGAGCUCAAGACGAGCCAAGGACCGCAAGGACAAGGAGAAGGAUGAGAAGGCAGAGGUUAUGGAGGCGAAGGCUGAGAAUGCCGAUGCCCUCGAUGCCAAAAAGGCCAAUGACGACGAUGGACCUGCGGCUUCAUGAAAAC